UUGAUAUUGCACUGAUAAGCUCAGUUCUGCCCAACGAAGGAUUGAAGUGGCAUCCUCCGACAUGUUUGGUCUCGUAAUACUUAUAGUGCUUUUGACUAUACUCUUCAAGUAUUACUAUAAAAAUGCUAUAAAAAGGCCGUGUGACAACUUCCCACCAGGUCCCAUAAGUCUUCCUGUAUACGGCGCCUACUGGUUCGUACUGGCAAAUGGCUACAACAAUCUAUCCCAGGCGUUCAGAAGGCUCGGCCAAAUAUACAAGACCAAGAUUGUGGGUUUGUACAUGGGAUCGAUACCCACCAUCGUGGUCAACGAUCCCGCAAUGAUUAAGCAGAUGCUCUACCAUGAGGAGUUUGAUGGUAGAAUGGACAUCAUAUUGGGCAGGCUGCGGGCUUAUUGGAAGCAAUUGGGCAUAUUCUUCACGGACAGUUAUUUCUGGUACGUUCAGAGACGUUUCUCGUUGCGUUACAUGCGGGACUCCGGCUUCGGGAGACGAGACGAGACCCUCGAGACCGUCGUGGAGUUUGAGAUCAAAGCCAUGCUGGACAUGCGCCUUAGCGGACCGCUAUAUCCAGCUGAAAAGGAAAUAGUGAAUGGAGAAUUAGUGAACAUUCCUUACUUCCUCGCGAUCCCGUUCAUCAACGGAAUGCUACACGUGUACAGCAGGGCCACGCUGCCUCGCAGCGAGUACGCUGUGUUAUGGAAAAUGUCCAAGGCUGCGUUGUUAUUCCAGAGGAGUUCUGAUGAUGUGGGUCGGGCCCUGGCCCUGACACCUUGGUUGAAAGACGUGGCUCCAAACUGGAGUGGUUUUAACGGGCUGCGAAAGGGAAAUCAGUACUUUUUGGAUUUUUUUACGAAUCUAAUAGAGCAAGAGAUAAGGACAUACGACGCGUCACAUCAGCGUCACUUCCUGGACGUCUAUAUCAGGAAGAUGAUGGAGGAGACACAUCUCGGCAAGUCAACGUUCUCUGUGGAGCAGCUAGUGCUGAUCUGCACGGACUACAUGUUUCCCGCGGCGUCGGCCGUGCAGGAAGUGCUGGCCAUGCUGCUGGAGAGACUGCUGGUCCAGCCUGAACUGCAGGACCGUCUCCAUGAAGAGGUGGACCGCGUGGUCGGCAGCGGUAGGCUGCCCAACCUCGACGAUAGAAAAAAUAUGCCUUACACGGAGGCCACUAUUCGGGAAAUGAUGCGAUACGAGACUCUAGUCCCUCUGGGCGUCCCUCACCGGGCCACCGACGACACUGUCUUCAAUGGCUACAAUAUACCACAGGGUACCAUGGUGUCUGCGAACCUGGUGAUGCUGCACAUGGACCAGAAGCUCUGGAGUGACCCUGAGACCUUCCGACCGGAACGUUUCAUCGUCGAUGGGAAGCUGAACGUAGCCCUCGACAAGUCCUUACCUUUUGGCGCUGGUCGACGACUAUGCGCAGGAGAGACGUACGCGCGUCAGACGAUGUUCCAAGUGUUUGCUGCAAUCAUGCAGAGAUUCCGAGUGGAGAAAGCCCCAGGCUCCGCUCGCAUGCCCGCCCCUCGCAUUCAAGGCAUCAUCACCACCAUACCCGACUUUUGGGUCAAACUCACGCCAAGAAUAUAAGAGUAGAACGAACAGAGAAGAGAUAUCUUCAUAUUUUUAAAAGUUGAAUAAUUUUGUUUACAAUCAUUUUUUAUUGUUAAGAAUAUUUUUUUUAGUUUAAACCCGUUUGUUUCGAUUCUGUAAGUGACGUCAAAAACUCACGUCGGAUUCCGCGCGGAUAUGGCGAAUUUGCAUUCUGUAAAACUCACUCGAACACUAGCGCUACACUUGCGUCGGCGAGUUGAAUCAAACUCACUCCGGAAUUUUGACAAAUAUGUAUAGAUGACGUGCAAAUUUGCAUUAUGUAAGAAAAACGUCAAAAAACUCACGUCGAAUUCCGCGUGGGAUCCGACGGAUCCGAAAGAUCCACUAGCGCUAGCUUGACAAUGUCGAAAUUCCGCUAAGUGAGUUUUAAGACUAGAGUCUAGCGAUUCCAUUAAAAAAAUAUUAGUACCUAUAUAGCUAAUGCUAAUGCUAAUAAAUACAUGCAGAAUCUCAAAGCUGGGCCAUUAUGAUUUGGUAGUCUCAGUAAUGUUAUAAAGUUUAUAAGUAUUGUUUCUUACUUCAUCACACAAACGGUUGGGCAAAAUUUUUUGAAAUUUGGUAUUGAGGGAACUGAUGUAUUAACAGAUAAGGUAUUUAUCCCGAAAGAAUGCGAUUCCAGUAAGGUUGGGUCAAAAAGUUUGAUAGUCAACGGUACCUUAUAAAGUAGAUGGCGCUACUGUUUAUGUAGGGCAGUUAAGUAUUUUUAAAAAAUAAAUACACGGGCAACAUCACGGGGUUUAGCUAGUAAAAACAUAAUCACGCGACUGAAACGUUUUAUUUAUCAAAUUAUGGAACAAAAUAUGGUUGCCCGUAUGUAGAUAUCUGCGAAUAAAGGUCAGCCAUUUAAAUACACUAACCAUCACUGAACACUGCACACUAAUGACAUAAAUUAAAUUAAAUACAACCUGGCAAUGAGGCAAAGCGCUUUCAGUUGGUACGAUCAAUCACACCGUUCUGAAAACAAACGCGGGGAUCAGAUCUACGUGCGUGACUGCCCAGAGAUGGGAUACUCGUACGAGCUUAGCAUAGCAUACAAGAUCAAGUGCUAUACCAAUGUUAUACCAAUGUUAUACCAAUUUCAGUGUUAUACCAAUGUUCCGUAAUCGAAUUCAACUAAUGUAUAAUACAUUUUUUUCAUUCUACUGACAAAAACAUAGCUCACAUUAAAUAAUUGUAAAAAGAACACGAGAACUAUUUUACAUACCUACUUUGUGUUUUCGAAAAAUUUCAAGUUAACGUACAAGAAAUUAAUUUUUGAACCUACUUAGUUAUUUUGAUUAUUUUUUGUUAGAACAUGGGCACUCGGUAGAUUAUUUUUGUUUCAAACAUGAUAAACUUUAAGAGUGAAUUGCAUAAUUAAGUAUAUGAUACGAAAUAAUCAAAACAUAUUGUGGAUUAGGGUUAUUCUACAUAUAGGUAAUAAAACCACCAGUCCUUUUACGUCUCUUGAGGUUUAUUUCAGUCUUGAGACUUAAAAAAGGACUAUAGAAUAAGAAUGGA